AUGAUCACCACAACAAGAUUAUUGGUCAUUUUCGUUGUUUUGAGUAUCUUAAUACAACACAGUUGGAGUUUUGUAUGCUACAAUCAGAAGAAUCUGACAACAUCAGAUACAGCCCCCGUAACUAGACAGAACAAAGCUUGCGCUACUUUGAUUGCCAUCUGCGAUGGUGUAGUUUAUGGUGCUGAUUGUCUUGGUCUGUCUUCCAGAGAGAAAUGUGGUACGACACUCUAUUUUCCGUGGCCUAAUGGUCCCUCAAGCUGCUCAGCUACAUAUAAAUGUUGUUAUGCUGAUCUAUGCAACACAUAUAACGCAUCUAAAGCCAAUUCCUUUCAUUCCGGUAUAAUGAUUCCUAUAUGGUUUCUGAUCUUCACACAAUUAAUUUUUUAA